CUCGCAUCAGAUUACUUUUGAAUCCAGCACGGUCAAGACGCGAAACCUCGCAAUAAAGUGCAACGCAAGUGUCAAGUUUGUCAUCAUUGGGUGCAUUUCAUGAGGAUAGAUUUUAGAUCCAUUUCGCUUGAGGAAAUAGUUUUGCACUGUAAAUUGUAGCAACGUCUGCCGUGCGGAAGGUUUAGCUACGUUGGCAAAAUAGCUUCAAAUUCCCGGACGAAUGGAGGAUGUGUGAAUCGCCAGCUUGUGGAAGUAGUGCUAAUUAUUUUGUGAAUGGUCCAGUGAUUCCCUGAUGGUGGUGAAGAAUAGAGUUAGCUGCGAAGUGCAGAAAGAGCUUCUGUCGAGUUUGUGAAGAAGUGUUUUAGCAGUACAAGUGUGGGAAAAUUGAUCAUAAAUUGCCCAAAAGUUCAAGGUGUUCUUUGUGGGAAAACGUCACACUGGUUCGAAAGUAUUGAGUUUAUCACCCAAAAAUAUGCAAACCAGGUUGGAACACUUCCAUAUGGUAGCAUCGGCUCUGACGGUUCUAUCUGUUGCGUUGCUGCUGAGGCUUGCCAAUGGAUUAUCGGAGUCUAGCAGCACGACCACGGUGGGACGAUUCCCAUUUUUGAUGCCAAAAGUUAUUCCAUACAAGCCCGAACUGUACCUCUGCACACCAGUCAAGGUGGAUUACACUAAGAGCUAUUACAUAGUGGGCUUCGAGCCUAACGCCACGAUGGCAACCGCCCAUCACAUGCUACUGUACGGUUGCGGAGCGCCCGGAUCCGAAUCGGCAGUGUGGAACUGCGGUGAGAUGGCCAAAAGUGAUGACGUAAAAGAGGAAACGGGUAGCCCGUGCGGGGCCGGAUCAUCCUCGCAAAUCAUUUACGCGUGGGCCCGUGACGCACCGAAGCUGGAACUGCAGGACGGCGUAGGUUUUAAAGUGGGACUGGAUUCGCCCAUCAAGUACAUAGUGCUGCAAGUUCAUUACGCUCAUAUUGACAAAUUCAAAGAUGGUACCACUUAUGACGACUCCGGAAUAUUUCUGCACUAUACUUUAAAACAAAUGAACAAACAAGCGGGCGUACUGCUGCUCGGCACUGGUGGUUAUAUUCCUCCCAAUCAAGUAGAACAUAUGGAAACCGUUUGCAACAUUAGCGAAAAUAAAACCAUUCACCCGUUUGCCUAUCGGACCCACACGCACAGCUUGGGCCGAGUGGUUUCCGGCUACCGGGUGAAGGUCGACGAGCAAGGCCAGAACCAGUGGACACUGCUGGGCAAACGAGAUCCCCUGACUCCGCAGAUGUUCUACCCAGUGGAAAGCACCGAACCCAUCCGCCGAGGGGACCGUCUUGCUGCGCGGUGUACAAUGGAAAGCAAUCGCAGCACCAUCACAAAUAUUGGUGCUACCAACAAUGAUGAAAUGUGCAACUUCUAUCUGAUGUACUACGUCGAGAACGACGAACCAUUACAAAUGAAGUACUGCUUCAGCAGCGGUCCUCCGUAUUUCUACUGGCACAACAAGGAUACCGAGCUCAACAACAUUCCAGAUUAUGACGCAAGUCACCUGUAAAUUAUGGAUUUCAAAGCAAACCUCCUCAUCUACAACCACAAAUCACAUGCACUGAGCAAUGCGCUCUGAAAAGGGAGAGAGCAUCACAAAGCACACAUCAUCUUACAUCGUAAAUUAUAUUUAGAUACCUGUUUAGAAACUAAACACUAGAAGAGGGCAGCUAAUGUGUAUAAUACAACAAACAGAAAAAGAGCUACUAUAACAGUUAAAUUUUUAAACUUAUCAUGAACAAGAGACAAGCUUGACAAAACGGAAAAAAAAUCACUCUUUCGAACCAUAUCAGAUAAAAGGUUUUAAAACUAGACACGGAGCUCGAAAAGCACAUGUUACAAAAGAUGAGUGUAUGGACAGAAGGCAAAGGAUCACAUAUAGAGAAUAUAAAAUCCUUCUCAAUUUUUUCAGCACGCUUUAGUCUAGUCACAAAUUAAGCAUUUUCAGAAAUGUUGUAGAUCUGCUAAAAACAUACAAAUUCAAAGUAUCUCCGGAUGAGCCGACAGCGUAAUAAAGUAACGUUGGCAACCGAUUAUUAGUAUAUAUUUUUUUGAAUAAUAUUAUUUAUUGCUGCGCUGCGUUGUCACAUGUAAUAGAUUUUUAAGCAUACAUGUUUUGUAAAAGGCGGGUAAAGUUUGUAGGCAAAUCAAAAGUGGCAAAUAAUAUCGAUGGUACAAGAGAACGCUGUGAAAUGAAUUUGUUUAAAUGAUUGUUGCAGAAAUGUUUAUCGUGCAGUACAGAGAAUGAAACUUUUUGUGCUACUUAAUACUAUUUAUGAACAGGAGACUGGACUCUGGGAUACUUAGGCUUGUUACGUUUAUAUUAAUUUUUUGAUAGAUCUUUUCGUUAAUCAACAGUCGACAAAUCGACCUUUGCUGUGAAAUACAAGAAAAAACAAUUUCAGGAAUUGGAUUGUGCAUGUACUUAAACUGCAUUCUUAGGUAUGCUUCAACUUAAAACAUGCCAGGUGUGUUACACCUUUGUCAUCCCCCUGAAACGUUAUCGUAAAUCAUUAGAUAUUAGCAAGGACAGGUUCAAUUAUACAGAAAACACAUUUUUAUCACAAAAGCAUGAAAAAGGUAGCAAAAGUAUGUAAUUUUAAUACAAAGAGACUCACAAGUUAUAUCUAUCGGUGUAACCAUAAUACAACAUUCCUUAUGAGUUAAUAUGAAACUGAAUCAUUCCAUGUUGUAACCUGAACCCCCUGAUAGCAUUUUCCACCGUGAAUCGUGUGAAAAGCAAGUGCAUGCAAGUGCAAAGUGCUUUCAUUGAAGAAAAUCCUAAUACAACACACACAUAAGAUAGAGAAUAAUAAUUAAAGCAGUCUCGUUUCCCUUCAGUUUCCUUAACAAAGUAGCAGAAAGUCUGUACCAUAAUCGGAAACUGAAAAGCGAGAAAACCUUUGCAAGAUCCUCUUAAUUGUGACAUAAUUUACCAUUACUAAUUAUUGUUCGGAUAUUGACAAAAAAUCAUGUCUGGUAUGGGAUUUGACUAUAAAAACCUCCAAUAUAUUAGAGAAGUGUGUAGAAGGGCCAACUUAAUGGAUAAGGCCUGGAAAUUGUUUGAAUCGAAAGUAUGUGUAAUAAAAAUCUUAUAUACAUACACACACUAUAAAAAAAACUAUGGGAUAUACAACAUUACCAUAACAAAAUAGACAGAUCUAUAUAUGAUAACAAGCAACAAAGUGUAUGAGGCACAAUAAAACAAAAGAAACUAGUAUUCAUAUUCUUAAAA